ACUUAGCUCAACUCAAGUCUUCCACUCUUGUAUCUUCUUGUUACUUCAUUCCUCCAAAACUCACAAAAAACAACCAAAAACUUGUUCUAAUCCUCUCUCAUUCUACCAAAAAUGGAAACCUCAUCAAACAUUACAACUCUUCAACAAUUCAAUAACACUACUACACUCCUCUCAACCUCCUCAUCCUCCUCCCCAUCAUCACCAUCCUCCUCCUCCUCGAUAACCCUCUCUCGAUACGAGAACCAAAAACGGAGAGACUGGACCACCUUCGGACAAUACCUAAAGAAUCACCGGCCCCCUCUCGCGCUCAACCGAUGUAGCGGGGCCCACGUAUUGGAGUUUCUACGCUACCUUGAUCAGUUCGGAAAAACUAAGGUGCAUAAUCACAUGUGUCCGUUUUACGGUCACCCUAACCCACCUGCCCCCUGCCCGUGCCCGCUCCGUCAAGCGUGGGGAUCGCUUGACGCUUUGAUCGGACGGCUCAGAGCUGCUUACGAAGAAAACGGGGGUAAGCCCGAAAUGAACCCGUUUGGGGCCCGUGCUGUACGGCUCUACUUGAGGGAAGUUAGGGAUUCUCAAUCUAAGGCGAGAGGUAUUAGUUACGAAAAGAAGAAGCGUAAGCGGGUCCCACAGUUAGUUCAUAAUAAUACAUCAAAUUAACAAAUCUUUGGUAAUUAUUUUAUGUUUAUUGGAAAUUAUAAUUAUAAUUAUUAGCUAGAGUUGUAGUGAACUAGUAGUGUUUGUUUGUUGUUAUAGUUUAUUAAACUAUACUCCGUCCGUUUCAGAAUAAUGUUUACCCUGUUCGCGAUCUGUUAGUUAUGGAUUGCGAACAGGGUGAUUAAUUAAUUAUGGCAAGGGCGGGAGGCUUGGGGAGUGGUAUGGGUUGGGUAAGUGGAUUAUUAGGGUUAGGUUAUUAUCAAUGGAUAAAAGGAGUUAUUUGAAUCAGCAAUCCGAUGUUUUAUUUAAUGGCAAUGGCAAUUGUAAUUGUAUCUUCAUCUAAUAUAUCUAAUUUAUUUAGUCAA